CCUUCUCCUUUGACACGUCCAUCGACGACCUGGCCUACAUGUGGGUGGGCAACGAGCAGAUCGAGUACUCGGGCUACACGGGCAACAAUGCAAAUGUGGUGUCCAACACUGGGAAUACGGUGGCGGUCAACGCCAACCAGGGCCAGUAUAUCCCGUUGCGCUUUGCGUUUGCGCAGGCGACGGGGCCGUACGCGUUUGGGGUCACUAUCCAGGCGCCCGAUGGGUCGACCAUCUUGGAUGGGAGCGGGAAUACGGCGAAUUUGAUCCAGUUCUCUUGUGAUGGGGUCGCGCCCAACUGGCUGCCUUGGGGUAGUGAGACGUCGAGUUAAAGAAGAAGGAGGACGAGGAGGACGAAGAGGGUGUUCAUGCAUGUGAGCUUGCAUGCUUUGUGACUUUGCUUGUGUGUGCAGGACUCUGUUAGGAGUCAACAGAGAGAGGGGGGAGGAGUACUUGCCAAGGCUAUGAAAUGUAGCCACUUCACAUUCUUUCAUGACUGUUUUGAAUUUGCGACUAUCAUAUCGAAAACAAGGCUGUAGAGAAAUACUAUUUAGCCGUCA